UUCCGGUCUUUUAUUUAUUUUAGUCUUAUUAUUGAAAACUUUUACAUGUUUGGUAUAAAUGAGACUGAUAGGAGUAUUUUGCCUGUUUGUAUAUUUGAAUUGCCCAUGAAAAAUUUAAUUCAGCGUUUAAAUGACAUAAAUUACUCAAAACGUUUUAGUACAUUGGAAUUUAAAAGAGAACAAGAAGAAAUUAGCAAUGGAGGAAAUACAACAAUUGACUCUAAAAGUUUUAGAGAAGAGGAAGAAACUUGUGGAAUUCAAUCAUUACUUGUUAAAGAAAGGGAUAUUGAAUAUCAGUAUCAAAGAAUGCGUUUAUUUCGCCAUCUACUUGCUGCCUGGCCUAGCAAAUCAGAAUUAUUGCGUGCUGAGAGUUGUCACGACAUCCCUCCCGUUUAUCGUGGCGCUGUUUGGGCUGCAAUUCUGGGUGUUUUGCCUUUUAAUAAAAAUGGAGAGAAUUCUGAUGAUCAUUUAUGGCAGAGUUUUUAUUCUUUGGACACUUUUUCUGAACAUAUAUCUGACAGGCAACUUCAAGUUGAUAUUCCUCGAUGUCAUCAAUAUGACGAAUUGAUGUCUUCUCCACUAGCCCAUCAUCAAUUAAAAAUACUCCUUAAAGCUUUACUUGUUAGUAGGAAAGAUGAAUUUGUUUAUUGGCAAGGAUUGGACUCGUUAAGCGCUCCUUUUUUAAUUUUACAUUUUAAUGAUUUAUCAACAGCUUUUUGUUGUCUAAAUGCUUUUAUUGACCGUUAUUUACGUGGAUUCUUCCUCAAAGACAAUACAAUUGUAAUUCGAAGUUAUUUGGCUGAAUUUAUGCGGGUUAUUGAAUUUUGUGAUUCUGAAUUAUUUGCACAUUUGGUUUCUUUGGAUUUUCAACCUGAACUUUUUGCUAUUCCUUGGUUUCUAACUUGUUUUGCACAUGUUCUUCCUCUACAUAAAUUAUUUCAUCUUUGGGAUGCUCUUCUUCUUUCUGAUUCUGAAUUUCCACUUUUUAUUGGUGUUGCUAUUCUUUUACAACUUCGUUCAAAAUUAAUUAAAGCAAAUUUUAAUGAGGCUAUUCUUUUAUUUUCUGAUUUGCCAGAUUUGCCUAUUGAUCAAGUUGUUAGCACUGCCAAAUUUUAUCAUUCAAGAUGGCAAAUGUCAAUUAGUGAUUAUUUUAAAAACAAUUCUGUUACUGCAAGUCCUCGGAUUGGAGGAGGAAAGAAGAGCAGCAACAACAAUACUCCUGCAAAAUUGACACUAGAAAACGAAGGAGAAAAAUCAACAAUUCCUUGGGUUGAAAAAUAUCGUCCAAAGAAAGUGGAUCAAGUUUUAUGUCAAGAAGAGGUUGUAGCUGUUUUGAAUAAAUGUUUGAAUGGGGCGGAUUUGCCAAAUAUUUUGUUUUAUGGCCCUCCUGGCACUGGAAAGACUUCUUGUGCGAUAGCUCUUUGUCGUCAACUUUUUCCUUCAUCACAGCUUUAUAAAGACAGAGUUUUGGAAUUAAAUGCUUCUGAUGAGAGAGGAAUUAAUGUUGUUAGAAAUAGGAUUAAAGAAUUUGCUAGAAUCGCUGUAUCUUCUUCCUCUUCUGCAUCAAAAACUUCAAUUCCUCCAUUAAAAAUUGUUAUAUUAGACGAAGCUGAUGCAAUGACAGGGCCAGCCCAAUCUGCUUUACGUCGUACAAUGGAAAAUGAAACACAAACAACUCGUUUCUUUUUAAUUUGUAAUUAUGUUACUCGAAUUAUUGAACCGUUAACUUCGAGAUGUGCAAAGUUUCGAUUUAAGCCGCUCUCUGAAGAAGCACAAAAAGAACGUUUACUCAACAUUUCCAUCGCUGAAAAAAUUAAUUUCGAUGAGAAUGCAAUAGAACAAUUAGUUUCAAUUUCAAAUGGAGAUUUACGUAAAUCAAUUACUUUAAUGCAAUCAAUGGCUUGUUCUGCUGUUAAUAAUUCGAUAAGUGUUGAAGAUGUUAAAGAAAUGUCUGGGGAAAUACCUGGGAAAUUGAUGGAAGAAUUUAUUGAUGUUGUUAAAUGUUUGGAUCAGGAAAAGGUAAAUUGUUAUGCAAAGAAAAUUGUUAAAAAUGGGUAUAGUGUUACUCAAUAUUUAACCCAAUUAUUGGAUAUUAUUUUGGGAUAUCAAAAUUUAAAAGAAGUUAAGAAAGCAAAAAUAUUUAUUAAAAUAGCGGAAACAGAAAAAUGUUUGAUAGACGGGGCUGAUGAGUAUAUACAACUUUUGAAUUUAUUGUUGACUUGUCAGGGAUGUUUUGCUGAUAUGGAUUGA